GGAGGGGACGCAAGUUCGUUGCAAAUUCAAAUUCAUUCGUCAACAGACUCUCGUGCGAUUCGGUUCAGCUUCAGCGCUCUCUCUCUCUGUCUCUCAGUGUGCCUGUCUCAGACUGUCAGCUUUCAGGCAAAAGCAACAGCAGCAGCAGCAGCAAAAGCAGCUUAAACACUAACAUAGUAGUCGAGCACUAGAGCAUCACAGCGACAGUGACAGUCAACGAUUUGAACGUGAAGCGGCAACAACAGCCAAGGAACAUCCAAGAGCCAAAAGCCAAAAGCAACAAACACUCAUCGCGCGUUUACGCCAAAAAGGUGUUUGCAUUCGACACUCGACGACAGUUUUGUGCCUGUUUCGAGUCGAAAGUUUUUGAAUUCCUCGUUUCAAAAAAGAAGAAAAAUAAAUAAAAAACCGAAAUAGAGAAUCGGGUGGAACCCAUCAAUUUCCUGCUUGGACCUGUCAGCAAUCUAAAAAGCUACCUGGGAUUAGCUGUGACACAUAAUCCGUAAAUAACAACAGCAAUAACAACAACAACAACAACUUCUAUAAUAACUGAAACGAGAACAAAAAAAGAAAACCCUAAAAAAAGAACGAAGAAGACAAACGAAAGCAAAAGUCCAGAAGUUGAGUGUUGAACUGAAGCGAAGACAAGAUGCGUCGCUCCUCAUUCACGCCCGUGUUCAAUUUGAGCACUCAAGAGCCGUUGAUUGUCGUCGAGGAGUCGCAUGCCGCCGAGGAUGGUGACGAUCUGGAGGGCGCCGCCGGCGGGUGUGAUCCCACAGCGACCAAGCGGAGUAACAGCGAUGAUUCCGAGCCGGACUCACCGGUUAAUCCGUAUCUGCUCUGCCCCUUCCCCGACAUGCAGCAGCGACGCAAGCAUUCGUUGCCAUCGCUGCAAAUAACCGAGGGCAUUACCGCCAGCCAGGUGCGACGUCUAUCGGAGGUGGGCGGCGAGACGGGUGGCCUCAGUCCCAAAGAGGUUGAAUUUUUGGCCACGCUAUCGCAGAAGGCCAAUCCAACCGCAGGCGGUCGCCGGCAUUCGGUGGUCACCAUAUCGGCGGUGCCCCCAACGCUCUUCGGACGCAAUCGGCGUGAGUCCAUUUCCGCUGUUUCGUUCAGUGGCAGUCGUCGGGGCAGCGUCAUCGCUGGACCACCGUUGACCGAUCAUCGCGGCAGCAUUCACAACUUGCAGCUGGACAUUAUGGAUGGGAUUGUGCAGCAGCGCAAGACUCGCAGCGGCAGCGGCGUUUGGGCAGCACCCUUAAUCCAGGAGGCGGAUAGCAAUGUGCCCGUGCAGACAUAAGCGAUUGCAGCAGCAGCAGCAGCAGCAGAAGCGAGCACAAACCACAAGUAAUGGGCACACACACACACAC